AUAAGAAGAGGAACAAAAAAAGCUGAUUUUGUGUACUUAAGGGCAACAAGUGUGAACAUUCUCUUCAUAGUGUGGCAGAAGCAACAAGGAAGUCCCUUUUUAUUCAUAUGGGGAAGUAGUUGAACAGUUUACUUCAAGAAAUGCCAUCAAGCAGAAGGAACAGAGAGACAAGGGUGAUGGGUGAAUUUAAACAUAUUCAGAUGUUUUUACUGUGGAUCCUGGUGCUUCGGUUUGCAGGUAAGGAGAAACACACAAGACACCUUUGGGUUGAAUUAUCCUCAAGGAGUCACUGAAAGUCAUUCUUGUAUUUCAGCCUCAGAAACAGGACUGUCUACCCCCAUGUACAACGUCAGACUCGGCGACAACGUGACUAUGGCUUGUGAAAAUGUAAUAAAAGGUCACCACAAAUGUAACAGUACAACCUGGGCUUUCAGCAGAGGAAGAGACCCCAAAGUGGAGCUGGUUAAACUCGGGAAGAUUAAUGCUGAAUCAAACAGGCUGAGUGUCACAGAGGGCUGUUUUCUGCGUAUAAGGAAGGUCAGAGAGGAGGAUGUUGGUCGUUACUACUGUCAGCAGUAUGUAUCAGGAAAAAAACAAGGUCUAGAUGCCGAGGUUCACCUGGCUGUUGUGACCAGUGAGUGCAAAACUGUAAAACUUUUCCUUAACUUAAAUUUUGUUUAUGCAGUUGAUUUUACUCUUUGUUGUGUUUCUCACAAUGUUUCAAUCUUCAACAGUGACUGAAGAGAAAAAGGGUGAUGAGGUGACGCUACGCUGCUCUGUGUGGACACAUGGACGGUGUAAGCAUGGAGUCAGGUGGCUGUUUGAGCUUGACGAUGUUAAGAAACAAAAUCAAGGUGCAAGGACAUUCGAGUCUCCUUGCAAUGGCAAUGUGACCUUUGACAUUUAUAGUUUCAUGUACAAAUCAAGACAUGACUUAUUGGACUGUGAAGUUACUUACGGUAACAGAGGGCAGCUGAUUCCCUUCAGACUUCAGCCCUCAGAUCAGAAUACAAGUAAGAAUUUCACCUCUCUAUAUUAAAAGUAGAUUUAAAUAUUUCAGAAAAGAACGCUCAGUUUGUAGAAAGACUUAACAUUGUUUCAUGGUUUGUUCAUCUGUUGAGGUGGAGGGUCAACAACAUCAAUAACUGAAUCAUCAACACCGACUGAAAAGACUGAAACAACAGGAAAAGACAUAAACUCUGCAGCGGAGGAGUCAUCAAAACUAACAGGUAUUUUAUGUAUGUUUAUAUUCUCCUAAAUACGACCAAAGUCAUGCAGUUCAGUUAUCUACCAUCUGUGAGCUCGAUGUAGCACCCCCUACAGUUAGAAAGACUUUUUUUUUGGAGGUGGUGUCUUUGUGAUGCCACAAAUUGAGCCAAUGAAAAAAGUGCCAAAAACCGCAGUACCUCGUGUUGCCACUUUAGGCUGUCUCCAAAAGUGAGUCCAACUGCACAAUGUCCUUUAUUCUACUGGAGCUUUAAACAUGUUACUACAGCAACAACAACAUAUUUCAUUGUGCACACAAGAUGAUCAGUUACCCUAUCAAGUUCCCAUGUGAUUUAUUUUUGCACACACAGUUGCUUGUUCUAUCAGGAUAAUUAUCUUCUGUCUAUAAGAUUUUAUUUUUUCUCAGACAAGAUAUUUAUCUAACUCCCACAAGCCCAAUUUUUCCACAGAGGAUAACAAUUUGUUCUUGCAGGUUUAUAAUCUUGUGUGCAUAAUCAAGAAAACUUAUUCUUAUGAGAAAUUACCUUACACACACAAGUUACAAUCUUGUACAAACAAGAUAAUUAUCCUCUGUGCACAAGGUUAUAGCUUGUUCCAACAUGAACAUAGUCUUGUGAGUGGAAGAUUAAAUCUUUUUUUCAUAAGAUAAUCAUUUUAAGCCCAUAUUUUGUUGUUCCUACAAGAUAGUAACCUUGUAGGAACAUACCACGGUAACUGUACAUACCACGGUAUACUAUAUUUACCGCUAAAAGAUAACUAUUGUGUAUAAUAUAAUAACUUGUUUUCAUAGGAUAAUGUUUUUGUGUGCAUAACAGAAUAUCUUGUUUUCGUAAUAUAUUAAUCUUGUUUAAAAAGAUAGAAGUUUAUUCUGAUAAAAUCUGUUAAGCACAAGAUUAAAACUUUUCUCCACAACAAUGCUGCCUUGUGGGUGAAACGUAAACUGAAACUUAUUUUCCUGAGAUAAUCACCCUGUUACAACAAGAUUGGUAUCUUGUUCUCACAAGAUUGUCAAAUUGUGCAACAAAAAAUAAAUUGUUCUGACAAGAUAACAAAUUUUAGCCUGAAGUAACCUGUUGCUUCAAGACAGUUAUCCUGUGGGCAUUGAAGAAUAAUUUCUUACCGCAAGAUAAUUACCUUGUGAGACUGUAAGUAUUUCAAAGGGAUACUAAACUUUACAGACAAAAUUACUUGAUGCUAUACUCACAAGAUAAAUGUGUUCAGUAUAUAGAAUGGUAUUUAUUCCGACAAGAUCUGCAAAAUUUAUGAGGGCAUUUUUCCUUUAGCAGCAGGAUACAGAGCAAAAAAUAAAAAUCUGACACCACAAUGUUAUAAUAAUACCUGCUUCACCUUUUCAGAUUGGCUCUGGUUGUUUGUCACCGUACCUUUGGUGGUUCUGCUCUUACUCACAGUCACUGUUGUCAUUGUCAUCAAAAGGAGGAGAACCAAAGGUAAGAGCUGGAAUAAAAAAUCUUACAACGAAUCUGGAUAAAACUUGGUGUCAGUUUCUUUGAGUAGCAAAAUAUUGUUUCUUUUUCUUUUUAGGACAAAGGAGGCAAAGGAAUGAUGGUGUAAGUUAUCAGUUACCUUCUCUAUGUGACCCAGCUGAACAUAGGAGCCUCCACUGAUAACAUGUGCACUGUGGUUUCUAUCUAGGGGCAGACCUCAAACGUCACAGAGGCUAGGUCUGACACGGUAAGUUCUUACAGCUCCUUGUGUUUGUUAGCAUUGGAGAGAGAGUAAUCUUGAAAGUGUUUACUGAGAAAAGUGUGGCAACUUACAGAGGUCUUCAGAGUUCAAGACAGAGAAAGAGGAAGGUAGAUAAUACAUGUGGUGUAAAAGCCAGAAGUCUGAGUUCCAAAGAACAUCAAAAUCCACUACAGCUUGUGGAGACAUUGCAUAAAAACUCAAAACCUGAUCUUUUUGGUAGGAGAGCAAGACCUGAAACCGGAGCUGGCCCAAGCCAUUUUUUGCAUGUAUGAGCAAUGCUUUCUGUAUGAUCAAAUAUAUAUUAUUGUCAAAAUAAAAUAAAAAAGGUUUAAGUGCUGCUGCUGAUGUAGGCCUAUGAUCCCAUAUGCCAAAUCUCUGCCACCGUUAUGUGCCUUCUGCUGUGCAAUAUGCACUGAGCAUCCGAAGUGCAGGUAGUUGUGGGGCAAAACAAUGUCACAAAAAGGGCAUGUCCUUCAGGGGCAGAGAAAAGAAAGCAAAAGAAAGAGGAAGAAGAAAAAAAACGCCAAGAUAAAGGUAUGUUUGCAUGUCACAGAAUGUUAAAGAGAUUUGUGAAGGUGUGUGAACGAUCAACAUUCAAUAAUACUGGUAGAUUUAGAGGGCCCCAAAUUCAAAUUUUGCUUAGGGCCCCAUUGAGGCUUGGGCUGGCUCUGCCUGAAACUGUUCCUGUGCUCAAAGCAGAAAUAUGACUGUACACGUGAAUGAGCAGCAGUUUGUUGUCUGUGUCUGUGUAGGCUAAUCCUGAAGAUGGUGUUUCCUACGCCUCUGUCAGCUACACCAGGGGGACCAACAGCGAAGCCCAGGUAAAGCUAGUCACCAGUCUGCAUGUUUGACCACCUUGUGCCAUCUGUGCAAUAUAGACAUGACCAGUCCAUCUGCAUGUUGUGGCCCCGCCCCUUUUUAGGGAGCAAGCAGGCCAUCUGAAUUGACUGGCAGCAGAUGAAGACUCUGGUGUCUUUGGAUGUCUCGUAGCUUAAGAUAAAUGAAAACUUAAAUGGCUGUUGAGAACAUCAGUCGGAUGGCCUCUGAAGGAAACACAUACAUUGUGUCAGCAAAACACUUUCUGGUAGUUUUGGCACUGUGGGCAGGUGUCAGGUCCUGCUGAAAAAGGAAACCUGUAAAAUAACUCUAUUUGUACAUCAUAUACUUUGUUCCAUCACACUUGGUUAUUCUUGUGUUGUUAGUACUCUGUAAAGCACAUAAAUAUUUGUACUUCUCCACAUUUAUGAUUUGUACCUUAAUGAUGUCUCUUUUUUUUGUAAUGUGCUUUUUUUCAGGGUAAAAAUGGAGAUGAAGUGACCUACUCGACUGUGAAAGUGUCCUCCACUGAUCCUAGCAACCUCUACGCCUCUAUUAAUUAACCAAACAAGCAGAACUUUUUACUUAUCUCCUUUGAUACCUUUUAAUCUUUGGAGAAUAAAUUCAUAGUUCAAGAAGAUAAACAAUUUUUUGACUUGGUUAAAGCGAGUGGCACAGCUUAAAUCGAAAUGAGUGGGAAGAACUUAAAUGUUCUUGUUUGUUUUUUUAAGUUAUUUUCUGUCUUUAUGUUUUCACCUGUCCUAGUUUUCAUAUUAAGUAUUUUUUUAUAACUUAUUUCUUAUCUUAUUUAGUUUUUUACACCCUGAAACUGUUAAGAGCUGUAAUGUAAGAUGAUUUUGGGCAGCAGUGAUUGGUUUUGUGCUUUUUAUGUUCUAUGAAUACUUGUUAAGUUAAAGUGUUAGACUUCAUUAUAUGUGAGUUGGCCGUGUUCCAGUUACAAGUUGAAAGCCAUUUUCUCUUAUUUGUUGUUGGCAUUGUGAGCUAAUACUGGAGGAUAACCCCCUCACUGCAGCAGUGUGACAACAUAUCCAACAACAGAGGUUUUCCUUAUUUUUUUUUUACACAAUUUAUUCUGGGGAUAGUUUUUUCUUGCCCCUUUUGGACCCCAAAUCACAUGUUAUUGCUCUUAAUAGGCCAUUUGAAUAGAAGAAACACUACUUUUUGUAUGGCAACAGUGGAGGAGGAUUCUUAAGUGCUGGGUUACAGAGCUUCUGAGAGGUCUUCAAGAGACUUAUUUGGAUGGAAUUAGUUGUGUGUUAGUUGUAAGUCAUGUAAAGCUACUACAAAGUCAUUAAAAGGACAAGAAAAAACGUGAAAAAACAUUACACCCCCUCUUUAAAGCUCCUAUGAGAAACUUUUAGUUAGUGUCAAUUCUGUGCACCCUCUGUUGACAAAGUGGUCUUUGUUUAACUUGUCCUCUACAUGCAUAAGAAGUUAUUUUUAACAUAAAAAGACUCAUCCUGCUGACCUUUGGCAGUAAAAUAAAUUAUUCAUUGUGAAUAUAUUAUUCAGAAAUAUUAAAAAGGUUGCUGUUGCUAUUUCUCAGCUGA